AUGCAUGGACCGGCCGAUGUCUUUCCACACAAUGAAGGCCUUAAUCAGAAGAGAAUUCCAGACCUCAAAGUGCAACGAACUCAAAGCUCGAACAAAGGAGAAACAGUGGAAAUGAAGGCCUUAAUCAGAAGAGAAUUCCAGACCUCAAAGUGCAACGAACUCAAAGCUCGAACAAAGGAGAAACAGUGGACAGUGGCGCUCUCCGACAUAGCCCACUGGCCAAGAAUCGAAGCCGUUGCUGAGUUCAGACUACGUACCGGACACGAUUGCUUAGCAAAACACCUUCACAGAUUAGGAGUACACACUCAACUCACAUGCCCUCUAUGUAACCUACAUGAGGAAAUGGAGAAGACCCACCUGAUUCGGUGUCCAGCCCUAAAGACAACGACGGAAAGCCAGAGAUACUGGGAAGCAAGAAGACAGCUAAUGAAUUGCUAUUAA